AUGACCGCCAAAGUCCGAGUCUUCAGUCCUCCAAAUUCUCUGGCAGCGAGGCUGGCAGAGCCUCCGGCCAACCCAGCUACGCCUCGAAGCGUCCCAGAGCCUCCAGCAUCUGUCUCGUCGCGUCAGCCUCUGGAACUGUCAUCGGCUUAUACGAGAAUGCCCAUGGCUUCCUACAGCGCAAAAAAGGAGGGCGGCAUCACCUUUGCCGCUCAAGAUAAGCUACCUAAGCUCCCUAUUCCUGAGCUCGAGGACACUUGCAAGAGAUACUUGGAAGUCCUUGCACCACUUCAGGCGCCCCGCGAGCGGGCUGAGACGAGACAUGCCGUUCAGGAGUUUCUCAAGCAGGACGGCCCUGAUUUGCAAGAGAAGCUCAAGAAGUAUGCCCAUGGCAAGACGAGCUACAUCGAGCAAUUCUGGUAUGACUCGUAUCUCAACUUCGACAACCCAGUGGUUCUCAACUUGAACCCCUUCUUCCUUCUCGAAGAUGAUCCUACCCCAGCGAGAAACAACCAAGUCACUCGCGCGGCUUCACUGGUCGUGUCCGCCCUCGACUUCAUCCGAGCAGUCCGAAAAGAGGAGCUUCCUCCCGACAUGUUCAAGGGCACCCCGCUUUGCAUGUACCAGUUCUCUCGCUUAUUUGGCACUGCGAGAGUGCCGACCGAGAAUGGCUGUCAGAUUGUACAGGACCCCCAGUCGACGCACAUCGCGGUCAUGUGCCAUGGCCAGAUAUACUGGUUCGAUGUCCUGGACGACAACUCCGACGUCAUCAUGACCGAAAAGGACAUUGCCGUCAACCUUCAGACAAUCACCGAGGAUGCCGCUCAAAUACCCAUCCAGGAAGCUGCGAAAGGUGCUCUUGGCGUCCUGAGCACGGAGAACCGCAAGGUGUGGUCAGGCCUCAGAGACGUCCUGACGAAGGACCCUGGCUCAAACAACGCCGACUGUCUCAACAUCGUGGACUCCGCUCUUUUCGUACUUUGCCUUGACUACACGGAGCCUCCCAACGUCGCAGCGCUGUGCCAGAACAUGCUGUGUGGCACAAGCGAAGUGAAGAACGGCGUUCAGAUUGGUACCUGCACCAACCGCUGGUACGACAAGAUGCAAAUCAUUGUCUGCAAGAACGGCAGCGCGGGUAUCAACUUUGAGCACACCGGUGUGGAUGGCCACACCGUGCUCCGGUUCGCCAGCGACGUUUACACGGAUACGAUCCUCCGCUUCGCUCGCUCCAUCAACGGCCAAGCGCCAACACUAUGGGCAUCAACGAGCCCCGAUCCAUCCAAGAGAGACCCCGAAAGCUUCGGGGAUGUCAACACCACACCGCGAAAGCUGGAGUGGGACAUGAUUCCGGAGUUGAGCAUAGCCGUCCGCUUCGCCGAGACGAGGCUUGCCGAUUUGAUCGAGCAGAACGAGUUCCAGUGUCUUGAUUUCGGGUACUACGGCAAGAAUUUCAUCACGUCAAUGGGAUUCUCACCCGAUGCAUUUGUGCAGAUGGCAUUCCAGGCCGCAUACUAUGGACUGUACGGCCGAGUCGAAUGCACUUAUGAGCCGGCCAUGACCAAGGUGUACUUGCACGGCCGUACCGAGGCUGUUCGGACCGUAACAAGCGACUCCGUUGACUUUGUCCAAACGUUUUGGGCAGACAACCCGCUCGAGCAGAAGAUCGAGGCGCUUAAGCAUGCGUGCCAGAAGCACGUCAACCGAACGAAAGAAUGCGCCAAGGCUCAAGGUUGCGACCGGCACCUGUACGCCCUGUUCUGCGUCUGGCAGAAGUAUGUCGACGACGAGAUGGGCAGCGGCAUGAGCAGCUUCGGCCAGUCCAGCCCGGUCGAUGGAUACUCACCUGUGGGCAGCGCUGAAAAGGACUCGUGCAUCUCGUCGCUGGACAGCGUUGAAAUAGGACGCAGCAGAGAGCGAGGCGACAGCACGAACUCGCGAUCACGGGACAGUCAUCCUCUGCCAUUCAUAUUCGCGGACUCUGGCUGGGACAAGCUGAAUACCACGGUUUUGUCGACAUCAAACUGCGGCAAUCCGUCACUCAGGCACUUUGGUUUCGGUCCGACCUCAGGCGACGGUUUCGGUAUUGGGUACAUCAUUAAGGAUGAUUCCAUCUCUAUUUGUGUUUCGAGCAAGCAUCGCCAGACGAAGCGCUUCGUGGACGCACUCGAGAGCUAUCUCCUAGAGAUUCGACGGAUUCUCCGAAUCACGAAUCGCAAAUCCUCAACGGCCAAGACCAGCCGGGCGCGUGAGGCAGAGGAGUCCAGGCCCAAGCCCGUCGGCCGAUUCAAGUCACGCGGCCGGCUCGUCACCGGCCUCGAGACGGUGAGGACGCCGCGUUCCCAAGACGGGUCGUCCCUCGCGGAGGAGAGCACGACGGCCAGUGAUGACGAUGAGCUUGGCGGAUACGGCUUCUUCGACGCGGGCAUGUUGCGUCAGGCACUCAAGGCACGGGAUCCGGCGGCGGACACGAGCGAGACCAAGGCAUCCGAGCGGGCAGCGGUGCAGGCCCGACGGAGGGAUGUGGGCAAGAAGCUUCGCUUGACGACGGAAUGA